AUGGAUCUGUCGGUCCUGCCAAACAAUAAUAAUCCCGAAAGAUUCCUACAACUGGAUGUGAAGUGUUUACCAGUGAGCUCAACUCUGAUGCAAGCAGGUUUUGCGACAGGGGCUGCUUUAUCAGGACAAAGAUACUGGCAAAAUAGAGUCUACCUUCAGAGAAAAACAACUGAUACCUACGGGCGAAGAUCAACCGAGGCCAGCCCAGAACUCAUUGACAGAGCCCUUGGGAAACAUAUCACUGCUGUCACAUUGAAGUCAAAGAUCAAGAAGAACCCCCUUUACUCAGAUAUUAGGACUGUAGACGGAUGGGAAAACAGGAAGACUCAGCCCUCCUGGACCAUUCAAGAAUAUGACAGACAAUCCGUGCAUUCGAACCUUGCAGACUACCUAAAGGAGGACCCAAACGAGCUAGGUUUUUGGAUGGAGGACCUGUAUACCCCAGGAUAUGACACAUUAUUAAAAAAUAAAGAGACAGAAAAGAAACGAACCAAAAUCUGCAAAAUUAUCGCCUUAGUCUCAGUGUUAAGCUGUGCCUUGAUUGUGAUAAUUACAGUGUCUGUUGUAAUCACAAGACAUUAAUAUCGCCAAAUGAAUUACUUUUGUUUUUCUUCCUCUCAUGUAUU